ACAAGAGAGCAAGCACCUGGGAAUUAAAGCACUCAAAAGCUUUAACUGAAAUUCUGAACAGCCGGUUGUCUCUGGAUACUGUCCUUGAACCAGGAUGUCCAUUUAAAUUUCUGAAUCGUAUACAAGUUGAAAUUUGUUUCAUUAACAAGAAAAUGGGCUCUUGAAACAGAAGCUGCUCAUUUCUUUUAGUUCACUGAAUUAUUAAGUUUUGAAUUUUAAUAUGUGGUGUAUGUAUUGUGAUAUAUUGGAGUGAAUGUAGAUGCCAAGCCAAAGCAUGGACCAACCACUCUUACCGCGCGUGUUGUCUAAAGAAUUUCAAUUUUCUAUUGUGUGUGGACUUAUUCUAGGAUUACUAUGUGUACAGACAGGCUCUUCAAGGAGUCCUUGCAAUCUCAGGACGCAGUUUCCUUGCAGGACAACGCCAUCUAUUUGUAUAGAUCUAGCUCAAGUACGAGACGGAAGGACAGACUGUCCAGACGGUUCAGAUGAAGAAUGCCCAGGAGGCAUGCACAGAUGUAUCUGUGGCCUUCCCAGGUGUAUAGAAAGAAAUAAAGUUGGAGAUGGUAUAAAGCAUUGUCAGGAUGGUUCCGAUGAAGGUGAAGAUGGAAGCAAUUAUUUGUGUCCUGAGUCUUCCGGAGAUGAAACACUAUUUGCUGUGGAGAUGAAAAAAAGAAGAAGGAGACAUACAGGUCAACGUAAUGACCCCGUUGUUUAUCCUACGGGUAUCAUCUCUGCUUUCACUGGAACCGAAGUAAAUGGCGACAAAACGACACUUCAUACAACGCAGGUGUACAGAACGUAUAUCGAUGGCACGUACAGAGAGCUGCUGCAGUCCACAUCUGUCAUCAUGCCCACCCCGACUCUUGAUGAUGCGUAUGUGAUGGAAACAACAGCGCAUGUGCAACGGUUUGACUCACUUAAUUCUGGAAAAGUUUAUCUGACGGCUGUGAAUGAGCCCGUAUCAGCUAUAAGCUCCUCAGUUCCUGGUACUGAUCAACCAUUUGAAAUUUCUGGAACUUUCAUACCUCCAGUGGGUGAAAUAACAACAAAGCACUUCGGCUUGGAUAUCUCAGCCAAGACCAUCGGAGUGUUAUUUCCAGAAAAAACUGAUGCCUCUAUUAUCACUGUUACAGGUACAGAAGGAACAUUUGUCCAUCAUGAUGCCACGUCUGAAAGAGCUUACCCAGUGUACACUGGUUCAUACAUAAGUGGUACAGUAGAUCCUACGACUUAUAAAUUCUUCUUUGGUAACCAUCCACUUACUUCGAAUGUUAAAGUUAUAUUGCCAACUGUUAGUAGUAAUGACAUUGGUUCGACCGAAUAUUUCGCAGCUGAAGAAAGCGAGCUCCAAGGGUCUGUUACGAGAAGGAAAGAUACAAUUGCAGACCUAAUGCUUGAUAGAAAAUAUAGCAAUACUGCCGAAAGAGAGGUUCCAGAGCCUUAUUACCGCUUUUUAAAUAAGAGCAAUGAAGAAUAUCUAGCCAAACCAACAACAUUAUUAUACGCUAAACCUGCAGUAAUUACUCGUUACGUGCAGCCUACAGCAUACCCAGAAACAAACGAACCAGUUCUUGCCAUGGCUGGCAGAAAUACUAUUGGAAUAGUCGGUAAUAUACGUAAACCGCAGCAGGUGUCUACACUAAGAGGCCAUGAAGGAUAUUAUAGACAAGGAAGAAUGUAUAACAAUGCAGCGACUGGCAGGCGUGUUGGCCCAGGAGGCGCUACUGUGAUAACUGACCAGUUUUUCUUUCCCGCCCACAGAAUACAAACUUCAAAGGUAGAAAAUGCAGAUGCAGCUUAUAACACGGAUGUAAAUAACGCGUAUUACGAGGUGGAUGGUGCCGAUUUGAAGGAAAAGUUGAGACAAAUUGUGAGACCUACUGCCGCUUAUGAUCGUCAGACUGUUAAAGACAAACGAUUGACUAGGACUGUUGGUUUGUAUGGGCCUAUCUAUGAAAUUGAAGACUUAAGAGAUGAAUUUACCACUUCAUCAGCUACAAUUUCGGAAACUAAUCCACUAACAACUGCGAGUACGAACGAAUCGAACGAAAACGAUUUUACUACUACUUUGUAUGGUUUUGCUGAAUUCAGUACCAGAAUAUCAGGAACUCAGUACAUAUUCUUACCUGCGUCAACCAGACCAAGGACAUUUACGCCAAGAGUGACAAGAACGAGUUUUUCGAACAGUAAUUCACUAAUUCUAAGAACUCGAAGCGAAGAUAGUGUUGUGGAAUCUCAGCCAGAAGCAUUUUUUCGUAAGCCGUUGUACGGAACCGAAACAAGGGAAUUCAUAUCUCAAAAAUCUAUGUUCACAUCUACAGUGAAAGAACCUAUUGAGAUACAAAAAACAAUGUUUACUUCAACUGUGGCGACAAAACAACCGUUUGAAAGUCAGUUGAGAGCGAGGAAGGUUGAAAGCAACACAGAAAGUGUAAUUGCAGAGACAUUGCCAUUAAAUCUAGCCACUGUAUAUGAUAACGAAUAUGAAAGGACUAGAUCUAGUGCAGACCGUAAUCUCUUCCUUAACUUCCAGUCUGUAAAUAAACAUAGAAUAAGUACAGAUAGUCCACGUGAACUGGACGUAAGCCAGAUCAUUGAUUCUGUGAAAGAGACUGGUGGAACAGAUGAACUUAUGCAACCCACAGGACUUGUAAGUUCCAUCACUGGAACAGAAGUAUCUGAUGGCACUACAACUCACUGGACUACUUUAAUAUUUGGCACAUAUAUUGAAAAUACAUAUGCACAUAUUAUUCAAAGCACUUCUAGUAUUUUCUUUACUGUGUCAAACACUGCUCUACCAGAAGAAACUUUGGAUUCAGAAAAUAUCUUAGGUGAUAAGAUUACAGAAAUUUCAAGUGAUUUACCUGUGUUAGCUUAUGUAGAAACUUCAAGCGUAAAUGGAAUAGAAUUACUUUCAUCUAUAGCUGAUUUAUCUUCAACAAAGCAACACAUUAUUUCAAAAUCAACAAAUAGUGUUGCAUCAACUCCUAAAUUAGAAAUAUUAACUUCAGGAUUUAUUCUACCUAGAAAUGGUCGAUUAGAAGAUACGGAGCCAACAUUAUCAAUAGAAAAUUCAAGUAUAGCUUCAAGUUUAAUAUCCUUAACUUCUUUUACAGAGAAAUCUGAAUCAUAUAUGCCUACACCUGGUGUAAUAUAUGCUGAUGAAGAUUCGUCAGAUAUCCCUUCGCUGACCAGUCCAUCGAAUGAUGAAGCAGUUCAUAUUAUAACAGAUAGUUUUAUUUUACCUGCUCUAGAUGAAUCGCGUGCACAAUCUCCAUCAAUCAAAACCAUAGAUGGCGUAUCAAGUACUGAUCAAAAUUUAUUUGAAAGUACUUCAGCAGUAAAAUCAACAAGCACACAGUAUAUUGAUGACUUAGAUCGUUUAAUUAUUGGAAUUCCAGACGUGUCAUCUGAUAAAAGUGUUGUCAAAAACACGCUUGAAACAGGUGACGUGUCAGUCAAAAGUGAAAGUAGUAGCUUAGAAGGUAGGACCUCCUUGGAAUCUGCUAUAAUUUCUCCAUCUGUAGUUCUUCUCACUGGUGAUUUUAUUUUACCAAGUAAAUCAAGGAAUUCAGGACUCUUCACAGUCGAAAAUAAAAUAAGUGAAUCUUCAUCAAGAACAGUUAUCGCUCCAAGUAUAUUGACUGACGGCUUUAUUUUACCUGCAGAACAUACAACGUCAACUACAUCCACUGAGACUGCGGUUUCUACACCCAGUGAAGAGCUGAGUUCAACCUCAGAUUCAGUGAGCAUUCUGACAGAAGGAUUUAUUCUACCUGCAGCUGAUAAAGAACCUGAAAAUUCUAAAACAAAAACCACAAUUGUUAAUGCGCUUCCGUCAUCUGCGUUGCUCACAGCUGAUUUUUUGCUUUCCGAAGAAACUGUCGAUAAAGGAACUAGUGGUCGUAGUGCUGGAGACGAAAAUAAACUCAUUGCAUUGGAUGACAUAAUUAACACACAUGUAUUACACUCGGCUUCUUUAUCAACUAGUAAAGAUGCCGGAGAUGAAACUAUUGAAAGAAACCAUUCAGACGAUUCAACUGUGAGAUUAGGAAAGGUACUAAAAUCGAUUCCUGAAGCUCCAAAUCCAAAGGUAGAAGAAAUUUUGCCCUCAAUUUCAUUUCCAAUAACUUACUAUACUACAUCUACAUACUUUACUACUUACCUUCUUGAUGGAAAUACAGUAGUAUCGAGCAGGAAAGAGACUGUUUCUCAAGUAUACACAGAUAGUGAGCAACUGAAGUUAGCUAAAAUCAAUCCCACUGAAACCAUAAUACUACCCCAAACUAUUCAGCCGACUAGUGUUGUUGAUCCUAGUGCGUUUUUAACUACGUAUACAUUCUUCACUACUUUUUAUAAAGACGGAACUAAAAUAACUUCUUCCAGAGAAGAAACUAAAAGUGAAAAUUUCGAUGGUACUUCAACUCCACCAGUUGAAUCCAAACCUUCUUACACUGUCCUCACUUAUCCAACUACUUAUUAUACCACACUAACGUACUUUACGACUUUGGUUAAAGAUGGCAGUACGGAAGUAAUUUCCAGCGAAACUGUUGUGUCAAAUGUUGUAACGCCAUUGCUUAACGAACAGUUACCAAAAACGUCUAUAAAAGAAACACAGCCGCCAAGAAAAAUUGAAUCAACUCUAGCACCUACUACUUACUAUACGACAUACACAUAUUUCACUACUUUUCAUAAAGAUGGUACAACAUCAGUGAGUACCACUUAUAAAACUGUAUCAAAUAUAAUUCCCAAUGGCAAUUCUAUUUCCAGUACUCCCUCAACAACCAUUUUUGAAACUAAUACAGUUGAUAGUAAAUUGCACGAAAUUCCUCAGAUGACAACAUACUAUACUACAUAUACUUACUAUACAACAUAUUUAAGGAGCGGGAAUCCUGUCGUUUCAAGUCGAAAAGAAGUUGUAACUAGUAUUGGUAAAAUAUUAUCCACGGAGCCUACAGAAAUUUUAACGACCAAAGCAUCUAUCGAAUCUCCACAGAAAACAACUUUUUACACAACUUAUACUUAUUAUACAACGCUUCUUAAAAAUGGAAAGACAACUGUUAGCACACGAAAAGAAACAGUUUCUAACGUCAUUCAAGGACAUUCAACAUCUAUAUUAGCUUCACCCAUCUCACGUACUGCUUCUCCAUCAGAUAUACAAAGUACUCCAAAAAUGAAUACCGUGAAAACGUACUUUACUACGUACACUUAUUUCACUACAUUCCUUCGAGACGGAAGUUCAGUAGUUUCAACUGAAAAAAGUACUGUUACAGACGUAGUGACUGAAAAUUUUCCUAGUACAUCUGCUCUUCCUAGAGCAACGUCUCCUCUUUCAACUACAAGUAGCUUUAAACUUCUACCAUCAUCUAUGAGAAGUUUUGCUACAUACUAUACAACUCUGACGUCAUAUUAUACACUCUUCAAUGCAGGGAAACCUUCAGUGAAUACUGUUUACAGUACAUUGACUGAUGUCGUAGCUCUUGCAACGCCAACUCAGGAUCUAAAAACUAUAGUUAGUGAAGAGUCUAUAAAGUCUUCACCAGUUCUCGCAACAUAUUUCACUACAUAUACCUAUCGUACCACACAAAUGAGUUCUGGUACACCAGUUACAUCCACGAGAGAAGUUACAACUAGUAAAGUGAUUACACUGAGUUCUGACGUAGAUCCAUCAACCAUAGCUCAUGCUGUAACACCAUUCUUAAUAUUAGACAACGAAAAAGUACAACCUACAGCUGUAGUUACAAAAACAUACUAUACGACAUAUUCAUUUUUCACAACUUAUCUUUCUAAGGAGCAACCUUCGGUUUCUACGAGGUUUGAAACUGUGACUAAUUUUGUCACUGAAACUAUUACUAAAACUCAAGCAGAAUCACCAAGUACCACUACAAUUAUUACUCAGUCAUACCCGAUUACUGAUCAUUCAACAACUAUCCAAGGUUCUUAUGAAAUUACUACUAAGCAAUCAUCUACGGUUACGCCUACAACAUAUUAUACAACGUACACAUAUUUCACAACCUUGCUUUCUGGUGGUAGUUCAGUUAUAAAAUCGAGUACUCAUGUAGUUUCAUCCCCUGUGAACGAAGAAGAUUUUACAAAAACUGAUUUUAGCGUCAGACCAACGGACAGUAAUACUUUUAAAGUAAUCUCAACGCCCCUCUCUACUCUGACAAAUACUAUAUAUACUACAUUCACCUUUUAUACAACUUUGUUCCCAAAUGGAUCCCCGGAAAUACGUACGCGUUAUGAGACAUCUUCAAAUGUCUUAACAAUAACAGUUACACCUACGUUAACAGAUAGUUUUAUAAAAUCCACAUCUGAUUUGGAAGCGGCUGAAGGAGAACUUCAUGAAAAACGUGUUCAUCCGACGCCUGUCGUUACCUAUUAUACAACGCAUACAUAUGUCACUACAAGUGUUCAGCCUGAUGGUAGUACUAGUUUCAUAACUCGACAAGUUGUAGCUUCAGCAACUGUGAAGCCAUCUAUAAGUGCUGUAGAUGACAAGUCUGAAUCGCCUACACCAGUUCAACUAUGCUGUUUACAUUCUACCCAAUAUCCAUACACAUUUUUUACAACUUAUACAUAUUACACUACUAGAUUUCAUGGCGAAAGGCCAAUAAUCAACACUAGAUAUGAAACUAUAACAAAUGUUAUAAAAGCACCAAUUAUAUCAACAACAAUACUUGGAACGUUAACAGAAAAGGAAUUAAGCGAGUCUGAUAAAUUUUCUAUUGCUAGUUCAUCGACCUUAAAUGAAGAAAGUAAAUUUACACCAACUUCUGAAAUUGUUGCAUCCUCUAACAGUCAUUAUGAACCAGCUUCACCAAGAUUUGGAAAACCUGACGUAAUGAAAUCGCGCAGAGUUGACGAAAAUAUUAAUAUUCCGCUUAUUACUACGUCUUUGAUAUCAGUAAUUACUGAAAAUGUCGAUCAUGGUACAACAAAACUAACGUCUAAGAAUCCGACUGAUGUAUCGCCACUAUCUUAUGAAGCAACAACUGAACAGGAGAUUACAUUAGAUGUAACAACAUCUGAGACUAUAAGUGAAAAGGAAAAUAUUUCUGGCAGCACAGGUACUGAAGAAAAGAAAGAUAUGAAUCAAAUCAGUGUUACUUCAGAACCUGAAUCGUCAACUGAAACUGCCUCUACUGAUCAACUAACUACCUCAGAUCAUAGUAACUCAACAGCUGCAUAUAUCCUUGAAAGUGACGCUCAAGUAACCGAAAAUUUAACAACCGUAAUAACCAAGGAUACUGAACAGACGACAACUCAAGAGCCAAUGACUUCGACCGAAACAACAACUGUAACAGAAGCUCCUAAAAGAAGCAUAUUUUCAAGGCGUAGAAAUAGGCCUGUUUACAAGCCUCGUCCUUCAUUCCGCUCGUCAACAACUACUACUUCUGCGCCAUCUACAACUAAAUCGCCUAGCAGGAUACGAUCUUCUACUACAACAAGAGCAACUUCCUCUUUUAGCAGGAGAAAUUCAACUAGACUAUUGUAUCGUAGGCCAAGUUUAGCUCCACGAGUAAACCCUUUGCAGCGUCUGCGUCCUUUGAGACCAACACCAAAACCACUCAAUGACUCAGAGAGCGAUGAAACAGUUGCGAGAAGGCGACGUCGAUCUUUUUUUUACCCAGAUAUAAGUAAUGAUGUUAUAUUAUGUCGAAGAAAAUUAUUAUCUACCCCUGACGAGGAGGGUAGUGAAAGAAGUUUAAAAAAUAAUGAUUUAAUUUCUGAGAAAAAUAGUGGUUCUUCAAACUGGAGAAACAGUGAGAAAGAACAUUAUCCUCUUGGAUUGAUUAGAUCAAUGGAAGCGAAAGCUAUUAAUAAUGGGGUUACGACAGUUUAUGGGACAGAAAUACACGGUACUUUUAUAAAUGGCGUGUAUGCUCAAGUUGUUCAAAGCAAAGUUAGAGUUUAUUCAGAUACUUCCAACGAAAUUGAGAAAACACCUUUCUUUUCACCAGCAUCGCCAACAGAUAUACCACCAAAAUUAUCUGCAACUGAAACGAACAGAGUUGGUUUAGUGUCAUCAAAGAUUAAUACAGCUGUAAAGGAUGGUACAACAACAGUAUAUACCACAAAUGUUUAUGGAACAUAUAUUGGCGAGGUCUAUGCUCAUUUAGCACAAACAACAUCGAGCAUUAUUCAGCCAACACCAACAAUACAGAAUCAACGCCCAACCGGUUUAAUAUCAUCCAUGAUUCGAUCUGAAGAAAAUUAUGGUACUACGACCCUAUGGACCACUCAUAUCUAUGGUACUUAUGUUAACAAUUAUUACGCUCAUAUUGCUUCCACAUUUUCGAAUGUAUUCGUAAAUCCAGAAAAGAGUACUCAGACUACACCUUUAUUGUUCGAUUCACAGAACCAGCCAUAUGUUCAAGCGACACCUGAAAUUAAAAUGUCCACUCCAUCACCUAGAUUAGAGGAGGCACCUAGAGAAUAUAAAACAGGGCUUUUGUCUUCUAUUUUGUCUAAUGAAGAGUCGGAUGGAACAACUACACAAUAUAUUACUAAUAUAUAUGGUACAUACAUUGGAAAUCACUAUGCAAAACAUGCUCAAACAACAUCUAAAAUUAUUUUACAUUCUAAAGUCGAAAACCCUACGCGAUCUAUAGGAUUAUUAUCAACAUUAGUGAACAGUGUCAUUAAUAACAACAUAGCAACUUAUUACAAAACAGAAAUUUUUGGUACAUAUAUUGGACAGCAUUAUGCUCAGUUAGCUAGAACAACUACAGAGUACAAAGUUUUACCGACAAGGCCUUCCGAAUCUUCUACUCAGUUGCAAAUGCAACAGAAAACGGGGCUUCUUUCAUCAAGUAUUGUUCGAAGCGAAGUGAACUCUGGGACGACAACAAUGCAUGUUAAUGAAAUAUAUGGUACUUACAUUGGCAAUGCGUAUGCACAUGUCGCAAAAUCCACUUCGAAAGUUAUAAAGCCAACAGCAACAGAAAGCAAGUCUGCUAGUUCUGCUACUUCUCAGAAAACUGGUUUAAUAUCAUCCAGCGUUAAGACCGAAGUUAAUGACGGUACCACUACUUUACACAUCGCAGAAGUUCACGGGACAUACGUGGGAAAUUAUUAUGCUCAUGUUGCCAGACGAACAUCUACGGUGCUUCCAUUUAUUCCCAUGACAACAAAGACUGCAGAACAACCUCAACCGAACACUGUAAAUAGUAGACCUGAAGGUCUAAUAUCUUCCGAAAUAAGGACAGAAGUUAAUCAAGGCACAACAACGCUGCACACAAGGGAAAUCCAUGCUACUUACAUUGGCGGAUAUUAUGCUCAUGUUGCUCGAAGCACAUCGAAUAUAAUCACUCCAACUGCUUCAUCUUCGACAGGACUGCUCUCAGCCAUAACUAGCACUGAGGUGAACGAUGGUAUUACAACACUGCAUACUACAGAAAUUUUUGGCACUAAAAUCAAUGGUUAUUAUGCCCAUGUUGCCCGAAGUACAUCAAAUGUGGUUACAACAACGCCAAUAGCAAUCACAUCUCAAAAGCCUAUUGGUGUUCUCUCUACGACUACGUCCACUGAAAUUAAUAAUGGAGAUACUACAUUAUAUAGAACUAGUAUAAUUGGUACAGAAGUGGAUGGAACGUAUACACAGUCUGUAAAAGUCACCUCAGUCAUCAUAUAUGCUUCUCACCUCUUUCCUGAAGCAAUCACAAAACCUUUCUCUGAUGUGGAUUCUAAAACCCUUUUGUCACUUAGGUCAGCUAAAGAUGAUUUGGAUACUGCGAGAGUGAAUGAACUAGAUAAUGGGAAUCAAUAUAUUUCUUUGACAGAAGACAGCGAUCUAGGGUUGAAAACACCUCUAAAUCUUCAGUCUGAAACAGAAUUACUAAGUCCUUCUGUGAAAACAGAACUGCCUUUCACUAAGAGUACAGAGCAAAGUACCCCUUCUUUAGUCUCUAGUAUUAUAACUGGAAUUGAAACGUAUGAGGGAAAACCUUAUGAGUCUGUUCCUACAACAAAUUCGGAACCUCUAGACAAAUUUACUACAGAAAUUACCGCAGCAUCUAUAAUUGAAUUAAAUUCCGAAGAUCCGAAUAAAUUAGUCAAGAAGGAAGACAAGAGUCCAAAGCCUCCUAUAGAUGAUUAUGAUGAUUACAAUGACUACGUCGAUAAUAAAACGUUUAAAGAUAAAGAGUCAGUAACAUCAAAGCCUACUGUGAGGGAAGAAGCAAAUCUGAGGAAAAACAAAGCUCCAACAAUAUCUUCUUCAAGAAAAGCAGAAUCUGAUAAUGAUUACGAUGAAUAUGGAUUUGAAGAUGAUUAUGAGGAUUUUGAAGAUCGAAAGAUGAAUAGAAAAAUAACCCCAAGUUUGUCAUCAUCACGUUUUAAAAAUACAAGACAAUCUAAAAGAAAAUCUACAACAUAUAAUAAUAAAGACUUUGAAGAUUAUGAUGAUUAUGAUGAUUAUAAUGAGAAUGAGACUACUUCCGCUAAGCCAACAAAAAGUAGUGAUAUUUCUUCAAAAGAAACUCCAUCUUCUUCAAUUAGAAUUAGACCUUUCACUGGAAGAGGUCGUCCUACAUAUACUACACCAUCACGAUCUUCAACAAAAGCUUCUUUUACGAUACAGUUUAGACGACCUAGUCGAACACGAAAUUCUAGAGCAUUCGGUCAUCGUUCCGAUAGCGAAAAUGAUUUCGACGAUGAAUUAAACGAAGAAGAAGAAGAAGGAGAUAUCGAAGCUAGUGAAGCUGUUGUUACCACAGCCACACCUCAAGUAUUAUCUUUCAGUAGGCGCAAACCUUUUGGCAGUAGUAGAUACCAACCACCAGGCCGCAAUUCUCCUUCUUCAACUACACCACGCCCUCUAAAUUUAGGAAGAAAUCGUAGGCCUUUUGGAAGAUCCACAGCCAUACACCCAUCUCCAACUCCAUCUAUAAAAGACACUAUUCCAGAUUAUGAGGAAAAUACGACUGAAGACGAUGAUUUUGAUGAAUAUGAUGAUAUCAGUGAUAAAAAGGAAGCAAACAGAAACCGAAACUUUCGCUCUACUCGUAGGCCACCCAGACUGAAUCGGUUUGGCGAAAGGAGAAGCGCAUCAAAUAAAAGAGGAUUCCGCCAUAGAGAAGAAGAGAAGACAGAAAAUGACGAUUUUGAUUCUACCACGCCUAAUUACAGAAAUUCCAGAAAUAGACUCAAUCAGCGCAAAUCAUCUAGAGGUCGGUAUAAUCGAAAUAACUCUCCUUCUCUGAAAUCAUCUUUUAAUUCUGUUAGCAGAGACGAAGACGAAGAUUCUCAGUCUCUGCAACCUCUUAAUAGAAUACGUAAUAAUAACCGAAACCGGAGACCUUCUUAUAACCCAAGAACUAGAAGACCUUCAAAAACAGCAACUGAAACACAGACAAUUAAGAAACCCUAUCUCACUGUUACUUCAGUGGUUACCACAGUAAAAACUUUACCAAUAUAUCAUGGGUUCCGAACAUCUUAUGCUACUUUAACAACAACUGCUUUGGAUACAAGUAUUAUAAAUCCAACUCAGUACUCUGAAAUAGUAAGCGAUGGAGUUACAAAAACUUUAUUUUACUCUAAAACUGGAUAUCCAGACGGUAUCGAAAACCUUCACACCACCAUUACAGAAGUUGUGGUUACAACAACAUCAUUGGCAUCAGUAAAAUUAGUUCCAAUAAAAAUUGGUUUCAGUACCAGAACUGAUACAAUUACAGAUAUACAAGUUUUAACAACGCUAUCUACUAUGUAUAGCACGAUUACUCCUGAUACUCCACAGCCUACUGCAUUUCCCCAACAAUUCCAACCUAACUUCUUUCCUCAGCUAGGCCCACAAAAUCCAGUUUUCCCUCCAAAUCCACAGAAUCCGCAAGAGUUUGGAUUACUGGCUUCAGCUAACUCAUUUGUGACGACUCAAAUUGUAACUUCAACUACUGUUGUACCAAUCAUUCUGAGAGGAAGAACUAUUCUGAGUACUUUGACUACAACAUCAACAUCUGAAUCCACUGUGGUGCGCGUACCACAGGUGCCUUCUGCUGCUCCAUUUAUACCGCAACCGUAUUUUGCUUUCCAGCCUCUCACAACCCUAUUAACUUUGUAUGUAACUGGUGAACACGGGGAACUGAAACCCGUAGUUACGACAGUUACAGUACCUUUGUAUCAGCAGCCUGUAUUCCACACAAAAGUUGCAAGAAGCCUACAGCAGAAUGCAGUAACAGAGCGCACAUUAAAAACUGCAGAUAUUAUGGACUUCCCGUUGAGAUCUUCUAUUGGUCAUGAACACUCAAGGGAUAUGGAUAUUGAUACUCAUUAUGAUAAACUUCUAAGUUCAGGCUUAGAAGAAAUAAAUGACUUGGCAGAAAUGAGCAGCUCAUAUAUACAGACAGAACCAUUAGAUAACACCCGAAUCACAAGCAGUCAAUCAAGUGUUAUAUCAUAUGACGUUACAACUAUAUCAAAGGGUCCUUUAACUGAAAUAUAUGAGCAGAAAGUCACGAUAAAUUUGAAUGCAGCAGAAAACAGUGCUACUCAGAAUGAAAUUGAUAGCUAUGGAGAUGUGUAUGGGCUAGAAUCGCGUUAUAGCUUCCGUAAAUUGCAACAGAUUAUUGAAGAAGAGCCCAUAUUUCGUCCGCAAAGAGAUUUUACUCGGCUGAGGAGACCACCACCUGCAGUCAUAGUAGCGACUGCGACAAAUCCGUCUGCAUUACCUCAAUUGUCUACAAAUACAAAUCUGCCUCGAAGUAGAUCAAGACAAACUUCAUACUCCAGAAGGCCACCUGUGGAAAUUUUCAAUGAACAGCCUUCUCAGGCUGGUAACCUAGGAAACAAAUUUCCAGGAUCUUCUUUCGCUAGGAGACCACAGCACAGACCAGAUAGGAAUUUUAGGCCAUUUAUCGAGAGACCAAAUCCUGUUUCAGCGAAUUCCGAAAAUGAGUUGAUUCGGUCAUUCGAAUCUGAUUCUCUGGUCGAACCAAGUCGUACUUUAUCUGUGACACAUGAUCUUGUUAGAACAGGUAGUUUAUUAACCUCACUUGAAGAUGCUAAUCGUAAUUCUAAGGAAAUCAAUAGAUUUGUAGGCUCGCCAUUGGAAACUGAAAACCACGAAGGCUUCAGACCAUUAUCUAGUCCUCCUGGAUUAAGACGAGGACCGGGCCUCACUUUGGAUGAACCGAAUCCUCAACCUGACAUCAGUGUCAGACCGAGAAGGUUAAGAAUCACAAGGCCAAUAAAUGGAGAAUUCCCGAGCAAUGGACUAAGAAGAAUAACAAGAGUGAGAGCAUCAAGCGCAGUCACAUCUUCUAUACCCACAGGAGAUGAAAUUACAUCUACUUCUGAGAGACACUCUCUUACUAUAACUCCUGCUGAAAAUCAACCAUCGCGAUUGACAGAUGUAAUAGAACAUUCAAUUGAAGAAGCUGAAAAUCCAUUGUACGACGAUGAAGUGAAUUUAACUGGUGAUAAUAAUGGAGGUCGCAGAACAGUAAUAAAACGUUUAAGGCCGUCAUUUGUACCAGGUGAUGGUAGCGGAGCCAGGAGACCAUUGGUAGUUCGCAGAACUAGAAUACAUGAUCAUUCAGCAUCUUCAUUUUCCCCUCUUUCCACAGCAGAAACAGAAUCCCCUGUAACAGAAACUCCAGAGAUUGCAAAAAGUGAGGACCUCAACCCUAUAGCAACAGUGCCAGCAAUUAUUGAAGAAAAUGAAGAAUUGAAUAACUACAAUAAACCACCAAUAAAGAAAAUUGUACGGUUACGAAAACCUGAAAAUAUAAAUUCUGUGCCUUCUGGACAAAGAAUGCGCGUUAUAAUCAGCAGGAAACCUACAGAUAGUAAUAUCAUCAUACCCAACUCUAUCCAAGCUCGAGGGCCUGUCACUUCAGUAUCUGAUAUAAGUGAUAAUCAAAGAAAUAAUUUCAUUUCUGAUAAUGCUCACUUAUUCCCAGACGAUAACCAUGAUCUGGAUGAUUUUAACCGAGUAGCUGUAAUCAAUGAACAAAGAUCCUCUGACUUAACAGCUCUUCCAAUUUUAGCUUCAAGAGCUUUUCCCAUUACUUAUUAUACAACACUAACGUACUUUACAACAUUUUUACAUGGGCCGGAAACAAAAUAUGCAAGCAGAGAAGCAGUAUUUUCUAAUGUAAUAGAACAAACGUUGAAUCCUAAUUUGAUUUCCGCAAUUAAGUCCAAUAAUGGGAAAAUAACACCAACCAAUGGAGCCGAUAUCGUACAUCUUGCUUCCAGGACAUUAGGAGACACAACUACUAUUGUAAAUUUAGCAUCAGUGCAAAAUAUUUUUAACAGUGAUGUAUAUAAACUUAUCAAUGAGGCAGCAUAUGCAAAUGAAGUUACUGUACCUCGAUCUCAGCCUAUUUCUACUAAAAGCAUUAAAAUUUUAAGUACUGCUAAUAUAGAAGCUAUUGCAAAGCUUCCAAAAACGUAUAUAACUUUAUUCACAUAUUCCUACACUUUUUACGAUGGGAUCAAUAAAAGAGAAUCUACAAGAGCAGAAACUAUGACAAAAUUAGCUACUGAUCCUAGUCAGUUUCUUACAGAAAGCAUUGGCUCUCAAAUAGACGAAAACGGAUAUUUGAUUGUUGCUCCUCAAACUAGAACAGUUCAUUUGGGCUCCCGAGAAGUGGAAGGAACUACAACUGAGGUAAAUUUGGGUUUAAAAACACUGAUAAAAGUUGAAGGAGUUCACAACAUAGCCAUUGAAAAAACUCAACCAUUCCAAUAUAUUACACCAUCUAGAUCGUUUAUUCCUGAAUCGCACACAGCUAUUCCAACUUCACAAUCAGUGACUCCUCUGCCUACUUUCUCACUCGAACCUUCUUACGCCUCUGCUAAUGAAUUAUUUAAUACUAAUCAACUAAACAAAGCUACUGAGACAUCUCCUCUUAUUUCUAGCAUUGUUUAUGAAUCUUCAGCAGAAACGGUAGAACCCAAACCAGUGGUAAAAGUAACGUCGAUCAUUCACAAACCAUCUGGUCCUCUAAGAAGUGGAGUAUUUGUCCGAAGACCUGGUGUUCGAGUAAGGGUUCGACCAGUUGUAUCCAGAAGAGUAGUGCCAAGCGAUUUAGUAUCAUCUUUCGAUAUAUCAUACGAUCUAAACAGUUUGGCUACAGAUCGUCCUGAAGAAUAUUUGGUAUCUCCCCAAUAUAUACCACCAGCACUGAGUAUGGGCCUAGUACCAACGCCAGUUUUGGAAGCGCCCUAUUUUUCAACUACUCAACAAGAUAUCAGAGGCAGUGAAAAUGAAAUAUCUACAGAUGAUUUGGCAGUUGGAGUCGAUGAUGCAACUUCCAUUGAUGGCUUGGUUGUACCUUCUAGGAAGAAACUAAAAGUUACUGUAAGAAGACCACAAAGUGAGAGUGUAAGCAGAACUCAUACUAGGUUUGUCCUGCCAUCGAGAUUUGAGAUCACCAGCAGACCAAGGUUUUACGUAGUUACCAGAACAGGUGCCCUUGGUGUAGUUUCAAACUCUCAGCGACCAUUUACGGUAAAAAUUAGUAGGAAGCUCAAACCGACAACUACUGAAAUUGGACUUGGACCUCCUUCUACUACAGUUAUAUAUGACACCUAUACUACGCUUACAUCCGUACCAGUUAUUUUCGGUUUGGAUACAAGUUUCAGAAAUGUUCUCCUAACCACUUCCUCGCCCAUUACUGUUUCUUUUGUCCCAACACCAACUUAUGAAUCAGAAUCUCCCAUGAUAAUGCCAUCAUCUGUUAUUCUGACUUACUUCACAACUACAACAUUCACUAUACCAUAUAUUGUAGGAAAUGAGACUUUGCUGACCACUUUAGAAGAAACCAAUUCAAGAAUAGUCACUCAGACUCUAGAUGGCUUGUAUGCACUUUCGUAUUCUACAAUUACAAGAACCCCAUUUGAAGGAGAGAUUAUACCGACUAUAAGCCCAGUUACUAGCAUAGAAUACGGAAUCGAAGGUCCAACAACCUACACUUUGUCAUCUGUGCCUCUUAUUACUACGUAUGUGGACCAACCUUCAGAAAUAACAAGACCCUUUGAAGAAAUAUCUACGCCUGUGGUGUAUGAAACUAAAACCUUUUAUACAACCUACACAUUUUUUACUACUUUCUUCGCUGGAACCGAACCUGUGGUUUCUAGUUCAGAGCAAGUUGUUACGAAUGUGGUUACAGUACCAGUUACGAAAGAAAUUUCAAGUGUGCCAUUUAUUAGUCCAUCUGUUACAGGGCCUGUAACUGUUUUUGAUACCAGCGAAACCGUGGUUACUAAAACCAACUACAAUACUGUUACUUUCUAUGCUACUUUGUUUUCAGACACAAGCUCAUUUGUGACUCCAAUAGAAGAAAUCGAAACGCAGUUGCAAACAAUUACUGAAACUUAUACUAUAACUAGAACUAUUCUUCCUACACCUUCACCCUCUUUGCUUCCAGCAAUUGCAACAGAAACGACGACAGCAACGAGUAUUGAGACUACAGAAAAAUCAGAACUGGAACAAUCUGUACUUGUAACUCAAACCUUGUAUACAACAUUUACGAACUUUGUGACUCUGUUCCAAGAUUCAGAAACUAUAGUUACUAAUCUUGAAGAAACCGUAUCUAAUAUUGUCACUCUUACACUACCGGCGGACGUCGCUAGUUCAUUGACGUUAACUUCAUCGCCAACAGUUGAAAGCAUUCCUUAUGACGUUUUCACCAGCCAACAGUCUGCCGUAUAUACAACAAGGGAAGUUUUGAAUACUCAAACACAUUACAUAACUUUAUUUAAUAACGGGGAAAGUUUAUUAUCUACUAUUGAAGAAGUUGUCACCACUUACGUUACGGAACUGGCUACAUUAUCAACUCCAUCGUACAUAUUAGAAACCUCUUUUACCUCUUCACCUGAGUUAUUGCUUGUAUCCUCUAAGUUACCAGUGUCUUCAUUUAACUCAUUUACACCUCCAGAAGAAACGACAGAAUCAACUUCAGAAAUUCAUACAUAUCAACCAGAGCUUGUGCCGUCUAUCAGGACGAUUUAUUCGACUCUUACGUUUUAUACAACUUACUACAGCGAUACAAGUUCUAUAGUUGCAAGUCAAGAAGAAGUUCUAACAAGUUAUGUAACUCUCUUUGUUCCUCCUUCACUAAUUACAUCUACUGAAACUACCACAGAAGUGACAAGUUCAGAGUCUACAACUGAUCCAUCAGUUUAUGUAUUUACUACAACAGAUUAUUCCACUUUAACUUUGUAUACCACUCUCUUUAGUGGUGACGAUAUUGUCGUAAUCUCGAGUGAGCAUGUUGUGCCAGACGUUAUCACAGCGACAAUAACACCAACGUCAACAUCUUCGCAAUCUGAAACAGCUACAUCAGGAGAAUCUGUUUUAACAUUCUUAACAACUUUCACAUAUUACACAACAUACUUUAGUGGAACCGAUCCUGUUGUUGCAUCGAGUGAAAGUGUUGUUACUCAGUUUGUGACAAUUGAAGCACCACCUUCUAUUACACCUACAUCGGAAAUAUUGAUAGAGUCAACUCCUGUUGAAACAAUUCUUGGUGUAUCUACUGCAAGUGCAGGAGAUAUUAUCAGCAGUUUUGAAACCGAUAUUAAAAUUAUUGGAAUAUCCAGUGCUAUUGAUACUAGUACAGCUAUCUCUCCUAGCAUUGAAACUAUGAUACAAGUCGAAAGUAAAGUUCAUUCAGAAGUAGGCUCAACUCCCAUUAUUUCAUCAUCAAUAGAAUCGUCCGCGGAGAGUGAUCUAAUGAGCAGUAGCAUUGAUGAACUAAGUGCAUUUAUAAGUAGUUUUGAAGUUAGUAAAUCUCCUGUAAUAUACGAACCUUCCGAAGAAAUAUCAUCUAAAGAAACAUCUCUUCCAGUUACAUCAACCAGUAUCAUUACAGAAGAUACUGAGGUAGUUGGUAUAGAUGGACACAUUACUACUUUAAUGCCUAGCGAUACACUGAAGUUAGUAACUGGCUUUGACGGCUUUGUGACAAAGGUUCCUGAAAUUGCAACAGUGUCUUUAUCACCAGUUUUUAUACCCGAACUGAAAGAACCUACUUCCAGUACUCCAUCUGAAAUUAAACCUGCAACAGUUAUAGAGUUAUCCGAUUUGUUAAGAGGUAAUACUGCAUUGGGUGGAGAUAUUGGAUUAGCCAUCCAAGACAUUGUGAGUCGCUUAACAGGCAAGAAAAAUAAAACUGAAACGGAUAGUGCUACAACUGAAUUUACCACGACUGAUGUGACUACAGAAGAACAAAAUGUAACGGAACUGACAACCGAGACAUCUAAAUUCACAGAAACUACUACAGAACAAGGUGAAACGGAAAUUACAUCAGGUACAACUACCGGAAGUAUAACUACUGAAGAAGAUCGGAAGCCAACGAAAGAUAUAGAUUAUCCAAUUUUCAUUCUCCCCGAUAAUGCUAAGAACGACAGUGGAAAGGAAUCUUUACAACUUGCCCCUGUUUAUGUUUCAUCUUCGGUUCCAACGGAAAGCAAGAAAACUUCCACAUUGCAAAUUUCUACAUCAACUGCCGUGAGCAACAGCGAACACUCACCGUCGAAAUCUAUAGUUCCUCCUGCAUCUGUGUCUACAAGUGUCAUAACAGGUGCAAGAACUGUAUUUAUAGUACCUACAAAACAGUCCACAGUAACAGAUCACAGUAAAGAUGCAUAUAGCAUAGUAUCCGAUAGUGAAAAAAGAAUUCCAAGGUUGGAGACUUCAAAGGAAUUUUCUGUCAAUUCAUCUAUGACUUCUAAAGCUAUUACAACAACUGUUACUCCACAAUUAAAACCAAGCAUUGGAACCAGUGUCGUUAGUGGUAUAAGAACUGUCUUCUUUGGCUCCAUUUCCGGAAAAACUACCAGUCCACAGCCUUCGGUAUCAACAGCUACAGAUUCAAUAUUAGGACGCGCUAAUGCUCAGCUGGAAGGUAGUAAAACCUUCACGACUGUAACUAAAGAUGGCCAAACUGUUAUUAGUAGAACAACUUCUGGGGCCACAACAAUAUUUUUCCCUGCACAAAUUCCAAAAUUCACUGUUCCUGUUUUAUCCACUCGUUACGUAACAAGUGUAGAAAGCAUAACUAGAACAUUAGCUCUUACUACAACAAGGACAUAUUACACACGGGACUCAACGUUAAUGGUUCCCUCUGUUUAUACAACUACAAUUCCACCAAGGACUUUCGUAUCGACUAUAAUAGGAACAAGGACGAUUCUAGGUAUUUUACCAGAGCCAUCAGAAACAGUCCAAAUCCAUAAAACUAUUCAGCCUUCUGAGCGUACAACUACUGUUACUACAACUACACUCAUAUUUAAUUCAAUACCGUCUACAGUUAUUAGAACUUUAGUUUUGCCAACGGGAGUUCCAACGAAAACAAUAAGAUCCGAAACCUCAUCUUCAUACGCAGUAUCAGACUCUGAUAUUUUUAGUGCAGGAACGGAGAAACCAGCAAAACCACCAGAAGUUGGAGACAGUACGUCUCUUUCGAACACUGAUCCCUUCCAAAAUACUGAAGAAAGGAUUAUUUCUGAAAAGCCACACCAGAAAGCAAGAGAUGAGACUUAUUUAAGAGCAGCUGGUCCCAGACUUCAUGAUUUUAGACCUGAUGUCAGAUUGGAAGAAACAGUUCCCAGACCACCGAUCGUUGUAACUGAGAGUGUACGGCCAGAAAAGGAUCCUUUUUUGAAUGGCAGAAAUGGCAUUUGCGAUCCUAAGUGUCAACCAUAUAAAAAAGAAAUCUGCAAAGGAGAAAAAGGUUUUUGGACUUGCCAAUGCCGACCUGGUCAUGCAAGAAGAGAUGAACAUGAAAUCUGUAAAGAGAUUCAAACAUUUGUGGUGCUUUUGAAGGUUAUUAAGUUCGGAAAUGAAAGCAUCGAUUACAACAAUGCGCUUUCGGACAGCAGUUCCGGGGAGUAUAAGAAUUUCGUAAAGAACGCAAUGGAAGGAAUUGCUGAUGCAUACAGCAUAAGCAACGUGAGGGACCAUAUCUGGGAUGCUGAGGUCAACAGUAUCAUACCAGCUGACGCCAUGCCUAAGAAUGCUGAUGCCACGGUGACACCAUCUAUAAACUCUGGAGCAGGAGGGGUCAUAGUUAAUUUUACAUUGCAAGUGAGCAAGAGUGUGAGUGGAAAUUUACUGGAGCAAGAACUGACAAGAUCUCUACAGUUGUCUGAAAUGAAAGUCGGUGAUUCUGCGCUGCUGGCAGCUCCUCUGGCACAAACUGUGCAAGAUUACGAUGAAUGUUUGGAUAUUAGGCAUAAUGACUGCGCUCUUCAAGCAACAUGUGUCAAUUUGCCAGGAACAUACACUUGCCAGUGUAAUGAAGGUUUUGAGGAUAUGGAUCUGACGUUACCUGGAAGAACUUGCUUAGCUAAAACUGAGAACUGUAACUACUGUCACGGUCGAGGCGACUGCUUAAGGGGAGAUGAUGAGAAAACAUUCUGCAGGUGUCAGCCAAUGUUUGUAGGACGUAGGUGCGAAAUUAAUGGACUGGUACUUGCCAUAGCAUUACCAACUGCAGUAGCUGUUGUCAUACUUCUGCUGUGCGCUGUGCUUUGUUGCUGCCGAAAGUGUAAACGAAAGGCUCCCUCUACCAAUGCAGGAGAUCCUGGCAGUGUAUUUAGGGGCAUUGCUCUAAAAGGACCUGUGGGUGGCACUUUAGACAGAAAAGCUAUGAUUGAUACUUCCAGCGAAAGUAGUGGAGAACAUGGUAGAAAAGGACCGAAUUCAUUUGAAGGAUAUCAGGAAAGUGGUGAUGUCACCCCUUACAAAAGCAGUAAAAGGAGUGACCUGAGUUUGAAUCGCAGCUUAUCUACGGGGUACACAUCUCCUCCAGUCAUGAUUCCCAGGGCUAGACAACCUCAAGGUCCCAACAAGCCUAUGAAUUACACCGUCUAUGACGGUCAAGUGUAUGUUUGGUGAGAAAAUUAUGGACGCAGGGCGUCGCAUUAGCACGGCAUUUUAAAGACUUAGUUUUCACAAUUAAAAGACCAUGACUACAGUCAACAACCCGCCAUGAUCACUUUAUGAGUUAUGAGCUUCUUCAAAACUGUGUUCCUUCAAGAGCAGGAUCAGAGCGGGUAAAUAAGGUGCAAAUACAAUACUUGUAAAGGGAUCAUAUACCAGUGAUGUCAAAAAUACUUACUUUGGUGCUACAUGUUGUAGCACUUUAGACGCUUCAGUAUGGUUUCUUGAGGUGCUCCGAAAACUUACUUUGUGAAGAUUAUCACAAAUAACAACGAACUUUCAUUUAUAGUUGAUAAUCUCGCAAUAUUUGUUGCCAAAAGAGAAAGCGCAAGAGCCCAUACUGUACGAAAUACAUGACAGGCAUUUCUUUAUGACGAAGAUAUCCUUGGACAUUCGUUAAACACAUCUCAGGAUGUCAUCUUGUCAAGGUGAAAGCCAUUCAUGACUUUGAAGAAAUAACAGCAUAACAAAUGGUUUUGAAGUUAAAUAUAUUCGGUAACAUUUCCUAUCGUACUUCACUAAACAAAAGGAGAAUAUGGACUUAACCACGCUGCAUUUAUGGCGUACCUAAACGCAGCCAUUGAAGCUGUUAAUAAUUUGGUGGAAAGUAUGCAAAUAUCGUAUUUUCUAUUAAUAUAACGGAAUCGAGGUUUAGUGACUGAUUACUUUUCAAAAGAAAGGAACACACCUUUUCUCUUUCUUUUGCAGUAACAAAUACAGAUUACAUUUUCAUCUUUUGAAUUUGCCAUAAAACUAGUAAUCAUUUUAAUCAAAAAUAAAAAAAACCUCAAAAGAUGCUCGUAUACUCUUAAAGUAUGCGAGUGUAUAAUAGUUUAAAACAUAUCCUGGUGCUUAUGAAUGAUUAAAAUGCAUAUGGAAUUCAAACCACUUAAAACGUCAUUUGUUGCUUGAAAGAUGAACUUUUCACUUUUAUAAUUUUACGAUGUUUUUAUUUAUAAUAUCUGUUUAUUACUUUUUAUGUGCACUUUAACAGCAUUUGUUUUGAUAAAUUAUAUUAUAAAAGUGUCACAGACAUAGUGUUUUAUUCUGUUUUUAGGAAAAUGAAAAAUCUACAUUUGUAACAUAACAUCUUUCUUUGUAAAACUUUUGUAUAGUUUCUAACAUUUUUCUGAGUGUCCAUGUAUCUAAGUGCUCAAUAAAGCCCUCUUUUGUUUAUGUAA